AUGAAGAAUCUAAAUCAGUUGGUGUGGAAGAGAAAUCAAGACAAAGCAAUUAAUGCUCUUAUAAGUUAUCACAGAAAUCAAUAUGAGGAUCGUCGAUGGAGACUACCUUGCCACAAGUCGUUCUCGCAAGGCGUAUCGCACUGGACCAAUCAUUACGUCAAUGAUUUUGACAUGCCCUUCCAAUUUGUCUGUCCACACAACCAUGUCAUCACUGGAAUGAGUGGGGUACAUAGCAACCCACAUGAAGAUAGAAGAUAUAAGUUCAGAUGCUCGUUGUACGUGGGAAGAUAUCAAACGGCUUGCGAAUGGACAGGCUACUUGAAUCAGUUUGACCAAUAUUUGCAUUAUGUUGUUCCAAGUACGCAUUUCUUGACAGGAAUUAAGAGUUACCAUGUAAAUCACUACGAGGAUCGUCGAUUUGCUGCUUACAUUUGCAAGUUUGUGGCGUCGCGAUAGAAGCAAUGAUGAGCGGGAGAUUACAGUGUUUUUUGAAAAAAAUUUGUGUCGUAAAAUUAAUGCUGUUAACAAAUGUAUUUUUCUCUCUGUCAUGACACAUUUCCUUCCAUAUAUCAAUUUACAUUACCCCCCAAGACUUUUAAAUUGAUACAAAAGAUAAAAAAGUUUCUCAUUA